AUGAGGAAGGUCGACCGGGAACAUGGAAGAUAUUAUCAGCAAUUACAUUGGAAAGGCCUUGCAACCACAAUAUUAGCCAUGUGUUCCCAUUACUAUGAUAGAAAUGGCGAAAUAAAGGACAUGGACGAAAACAAGAGAGGGGCUUUUAAACAUAUUGUUGAAGGAAUGCAGUCUGACCAUCUCAGAACUGUUUCCUUUGCUUACAAGGCAAUUGGUGUUUCAAUUCUACAAGAUAAUGACUUGAUCUUAGUAGGAAUAUUAGGCUUGAAAAGCACAUGCUGCACAGAGAGAACAGAUGCAAUUAGUGCUUGUCAAAAUGCUGGAGUGAAAAUCAUACUUGCUUCUGAAGAUGAUAUAUCAGUUUUGGAAAACGUAGCUCACAAGUGUGGAUUAAUGCUUCCCAACUCAGACAGGCUUCAGGGUGAAUGUUUGAAAAAGAAAGGCAAUGUUGUGGCAGUGGUUGGAACCAGGACAACUUCGAGUGCUGCACUACAAGAGGCUGAUGUUGGGGUGGCAAUGGGAUUUGGAGCAGUGAAAUGCAACAUUCUGAAAUACAUCCAACUUGAGCUCACAAUGAUCAUAUCAGGGACAUUGAUUACCUUCAUCACCACUGUGUCUUUGGUAGAUGUUCCAAUUACGGCGAUUCAAUUGAUCUUGGCAAACUUCAUUGUGAACCUUGUAGGUGGAUUUGCUCUACUGUCAGAACCACCCACAGAUGAACUGAUGAACAAUCCUCCAAUAAGCCCAACAGAAACUUUCAUCCCAAAAUCCAUGUAG